AAAGAAAAAGAGGAUUGUUUGGAAUUAGGUUUUCAAUGGAGGCGUUCUCUGCGUUUUUCGAUUCACAAUCGAGCUCAAGGAGCGGUUGGACCUACGAUUCACUUAAAAAUUUCCGCCAGAUUUCUCCUGCCGUUCAAACUCAUCUCAAGCAGGUUUAUCUCUCCCUGUGCUGUGCCUUGAUUGCAUCUGCUGCAGGAGCUUACCUGCAUCUUCUCUGGAAUAUUGGUGGCCUUCUUACUACUUUUGCAUGCUUUGGAAGCAUCAUAUGGCUACUCUCUGUACCUUCAUAUGAAGAGAAAAAGAGGGUUUCACUAUUGAUGGCUGUGGCCCUUUUUCAAGGAGCCUCUAUCGGUCCUUUGAUUGACUUGGCUAUUGAAAUUGACCCAAGCAUUCUUGUUAGUGCUUUUGUGGGAACUGCAGUGGCCUUUGGCUGUUUCUCUGCGGCAGCAAUGUUGGCAAGGCGCAGAGAGUACCUGUACUUGGGAGGGGUUCUUUCCUCUGGCCUCUCCAUCCUUUUCUGGUUGCACUUUGCCUCCUCGUUGUUUGGGGGAUCCACUGCCAUCUUUAAGUUUGAGUUGUAUUUUGGACUUUUGGUGUUUGUGGGCUACAUGGUAGUAGACACCCAGGAUAUAAUAGAGAAAGCCCAUCUCGGGGAUCGGGACUACGUGAAACAUUCUCUCCUCCUUUUCACUGAUUUUGCUGCAGUUUUUGUUCGAAUCUUGAUAAUCAUGUUGAAGAACUCGGCUGAAAAGGGUGAGAAGAAGAAGAAAAGGAGAAAUUGAAUGAUGGGAGACUAAUGAGCUUAACUUGAACUCUGGUUGAACAAAACAAGAGAUUAUGUAUGAACUUGAUGCUUGUAUCUUUCUUUCCCCUAAGUGAGAUUAUGAUUUUUGAAACAUGUGAUAUGCUGGGCGCUAUGGCAGUGUACAUACGAAUUGCUCGGUUAUGACAUUCUGCAUGUUUUGAGUUGCUAAUGAAUAUAAGGGGUUGGUUUUAAAUAAGAGGGCACUCGAAUUUGU